AUGGCGGCACAGAGGUCAGCAAUAUGGCGCCAAAAUCUCAACAAUCCUCAGAACGAUUAUGGAAUUGCAGAGCCACGACCAAUUCGAUCGCUUCAGGAUGGUCUUAGCGCCGCUGGUGCAUCUCGCAGCGCGGUUGUUUUCGUCAACAACGGACUCUCAGGUGGUGCUAUCGAUCGGGUUAUAGACUCGUUCUCGGAAGAGGUGACGAGAGCAGGAAAGAAUUCGACGAAAAUCGAGAAACCGUCCGACAUCAGUCGCAUCUGCCGCUCUUCUUUUCGGGCGACCACAUCCUGCUACGGCGCCGUCAUCUUCCAUUCUUCUCCCAACGAGGGUGACGGCGGCAUCUGGAACUACACUCUGCGCGGGGACGCCGCGUUCGGGUCAUCGUUUAAGGUCAAGAACGACAACAAUGACGUCCAGAUAUACACUCUCCCCCUUCAAAGAGCUGUCGACUCUGCUAUCGUGCGCACAAACUCUACCGAGGCCGACCCAUCACCUCUUAGUAAUGUCAGAGAAUGGGGCUUUACUGGCGAGACCGAGGAGGAACGUCAAGCUAGCGUACGGAGAAGAUACCAGCAGACAAUCAUCGAUUACCUCGGCGUUUCAUUUGUUCUCGCGCUCAUCGGCGUUAGCUACCACGUUCCCGGGCACAUUGCAACUGAGCGCGAGAAGGGCUUGUCCCAACUAAUCGACGCCAUGAUGUCAACCCGCUACGAAUGGGAAGCACAAGUUGUGCGCAUUCUAUCGAGCUUCUACUCAUUCGCAUCCAUCUAUUUCCCAGGCUGGGUUGUUGCUUCUGUCGUCUCAUGGGGCAUGAUCUGGAAGGAGUCAAGCAUUGGCAUCGUGUUGGUCUUCUUCGUCUUGGCUGGUCUCGCCCUUACAUCCCAAGCCAUUCUUGGGGCAUCUUUCUUCAAGAAGGCUCAGCUUUCCGGCGUCAUUAACUCUCUGGUUUACGUGCUCCUAGGUGUCCUUGCUCAGGCUCUCCCCAACGAAAGUACCGGUGCAGUUACGGUUUUGAGCUUGUUGUUCACCCCUUGCGCUUUUGUCUUUUUUAUCAAGUCGAUUUCUCGAUACGAGGCGGACGGUAAACCAAUGAAUCUACUCCAGGCUCCGCCAAACGGCCCCUCUACUCUGCCCGCCUUUGUUGAACGUCAGAUACACGGGGUCGGCUCCGAGAGUCGCAAAAUCUACAAAGGCGAGGGUGUCCAGCCCCAGCAUGCUGUUACCAUCAAUGGGUUGACCAAGGUCUACUUUCCGAGCAUUUUCCGACGCGCCUUUUCUCGCUUUUUCAAAGCAAGACCGCCGAUCGUUGCCGUCAACAACUUGGAUCUAACGGUGAAGCGAGGAGAGAUCCUAGCCCUUCUCGGAGCUAACGGGAGCGGCAAAAGCACUGCGUUAGACGCUAUUUCUGGAAUCAGUCGAUUUAACCAGGGCAGCGUCCAUAUUGAUGCAUCUGGCGGCAUCGGUAUUGCGCCACAGAAAAAUGUGCUUUGGGAUGAGCUCACUGUGACGGAACAUAUCAGGAUAUUCAACCAACUCAAAUCUCCAGUCAGCGUGGCGGGCAAGGAAGACCAAAAUCAGCUGAUUGAUGCCAUUGGACUCGCAACAAAGCAUAAAUCUCAAUCCAAAACACUCUCUGGGGGGCAGAAGCGUAAGCUGCAGCUCGGCAUGAUGCUGACGGGCGGGAGCGCUGUCUGUUGUGUCGAUGAAGUUUCCUCUGGAAUCGACGCUCUGUCUAGAAGAAAGAUAUGGGAUAUCCUCCUCUCCGAGAGAGGUAAGAGGACCAUCAUCUUGACAACCCACUUUCUUGAUGAGGCAGAUCUACUGGCCGAUAACAUUGCGAUUCUCUCCAAAGGCAGUUUGAAGGCCGAAGGCUCCUCGGUGGCGCUCAAGAAUGCCCUAGGUGAUGGCUAUCGGAUCCAUGUGCUUAACGUGAGGGAUGUCAGAGCCCCCCCAGAAGUCAGCGGUGUCGCUUUAACGGCGUCUUCAAUGACCAUCGUCUACACUGCACCAUCAUCCAGCCUAGCGGCUGAUGUUAUCCGAGCACUGGAAGCGCGCCAAAUUCCCUACAGGAUCUCGAGUCCCAACAUAGAAGAUGUCUUCCUCAGAGUCGCCGAGAAGGUACAAGGAGAAGAUCUCCAACCCCUUCAGCCUGGAGCUCCUCGUGUAUCAACCGCUUCAGGGCAAAACCUCUCAGAAAAGUCCAUCAUUAACCAACGCGAAGGAGACACUCUGGGACUGCAGUCUGGCCACCAAACGGGCUUCUUCAAACAAACUCGUGUCCUUGUUCACAAACGCCUGGUCUUGUUCAAGACGAAUUGGAUUCCAUACGUCAUUGCGUUCAUUACUCCGAUCAUUGCAGCUGCUAUCAUGCAGUUGUUGGUCGUUAAUGAAGGCCCUACAAGUUGUGACCCCGCCGAUGUUACCGGAUCAGGAGACCUGGAUAGCUAUAGAGAGGCUUUUGAAGAAGCCUCUGUGGCUGCCGGGCCCUGGUCAGAUUUCUCGACAACAUCAUUUGACGAUAUGUCUACUUUCUUGGAUCCUACAUCAAAUGACCCUAUUGGCACGAUCAACAUCUAUUUGAGUGACAGUUACCAGGAUGUAAGCCGGUUCAUCGAGGACAACAUAAAGAACAUCACCCCUGGUGGUAUCUGGGUGGGCAGCCAAGAAACGCCUCCGACAAUCGCCUAUAGGGCAGACGACAACAUGAUCUCAGCUGCUGUGAUAGUUCAAAACCUUUUCAACGUAGUGAGAAGCAACGCCAGCAUCUUUGCCACCUACACUCCCUUCGACAGCGUCAUCCCAAGCUCAACGCUCACAACGGCUCAGCUGGCAAUCUACUUCAGCAUUGUUCUUUAUAUUAUCCCUUCCUUCUUCGGAUUAUAUCCGAACAUGGAGAGGCGAAAUCACGUCCGUGGCCUGCAAUAUUCCAGCGGUGUUCGAUCGCUGCCUUUGUGGACAUCCCACCUCAUUUUCGAUUUUGGAGUCUUCUUCAUUCCACUUCUAGCCGCAGCCAUCAUCUUUGCUGUUUCUUCCGAUAUCUGGUACGCCUCGGGUUAUCUCUUCCCCGUUUUCCUGUUUUAUGGCAUUACAUCUAUCCUCUUGUCGUACGUCAUUUCACUCUUCACCAAUAGCCAGGUAGCAACCUUUGCUGCAAUUAUGGCCUACAACAGUGUUGGUUUCGCCAUCUACCUGAUUGCGUUCCUCUACAUCAUCACCUUCUCGCCUGCAGUCGUUACGGAGCGGAAUAUUCUUAUCGGCCAUUACACCAUCUCUGCCUUCUUUCCUAUCACCUCGAUUUGUAGAGCCAUUCUGAUUGGCUUGAACACCUUUUCCUUGGCCUGCUCUGGCACUGGGUCUGGCAACCCUGGCUCUCUAAGCGCUUAUGGGGGUCCUAUCAUGUACCUCAGCAUCCAGGCCAUCAUCCUCUUCACCCUCGAUAACGUCUCUUUCGGCGUGCAUCAUGGCGAGGUAUUCGCCCUACUUGGCCCUAACGGUGCUGGCAAGUCAACAGCGGUAUCUCUCAUUCGCGGUGAUAUUCAACCGAGCGGCAACGGAGGCGAUGUCUUCGUCGAGAAAGUCUCAAUCACUAACCAAAGAGCCCUCGCCCGAUCGAACCUUGGAGUCUGCCCCCAGUUCGAUGCCAUCGAUUCCAUGACAGUCGUCGAACAUCUUCGUCACUACGCCAAACUCCGAGGGAUAUCCGAUGUUGAGCAACAAGUUCAGGCAGUUGUUCGUGCAGUUGGCCUCCAGGCCCAUGUCAACGUCAUGGCACAGCAUCUUUCGGGUGGUAACAAGCGUAAGCUAUCCCUCGGAAUCGCGCUUACAGGCAAUCCGUCCGUGAUUCUGUUCGACGAGCCGUCAUCCGGUCUUGAUGCAGCAGCGAAGCGAAUAAUGUGGCGAACUCUCAGCACAAUCGUCUCAGGGCGCUCAAUUCUUCUCACCACUCACAGCAUGGAAGAAGCUGACGCUCUGGCGAACCGAGCCUGCAUCAUUGCCCAGCGUAUGCUGGCGAUCGGCGAGGUGGAACAACUGCAAAGUCGCUUCGGUGACUCACUAUACGUGCACCUCGCCAGUCGCUCCGCUCCGCACUCGACACCGGGAGAGAUGGAACAUAUACGUCAAUGGGUCGUCAACACGUUCCCAUCUGCCCGCGUUGAGGACUCGACGUACCAUGGGCAAAUCCGAUUUUCCGUGUCUGCGUCGGAUGUCUUGCAAAGAGCUAAAGCGAACGGCCGCAACAGGAGUACUUCUGAAGAUGAGCGGAGCUUUGAGCUUAGCGCUAUAGGUCAACUCAUCAUAAUGUUGGAAGACAACAAGGAGGUCCUCGGUAUCGAGCAUCAUAGUGUCAGUCCCACAACACUGAACGACGUCUUUCUCGCUAUUGUGGGGCAACACGAUGUCCAAGAGGAGGGUUACGGAGCUCAAUCUAUUGAAAAGAAGAAGAUCAACUGGCAAAAGAUUGUUCUUGGGUUCUGUCGUGAUAUAAGCCGUAAUUGCGCAGUGGCAAUUACGGAUCCGCUUUUGUCAUCACAGGUUCUAAGAUGUUGA